AUGUUCAUCGCCAUAUUCGUAUUGAGGACACCAACUCUACUGUCGCAUGUUCCUAAGAACAGUUCUUCUCUAGUGUCAUACACGGCGCUGACUGGCAACAUGAUUGGAACCACAUUUUACCAUCGAUUGAGAUCUUUUGAAAAGCCUAUGCUUGCUAAGAUAUUGGGAAAAAGUUCAAAUGAUUUAGAACUUGAUGACAGCAUGUCGGCAAUAACAUCGAACCGCAUGCAUCUUUACAAAAACACUGGUCGUAGUCAGGCGCUUCGUGACACGCUGAGAAAGAAAUGCGCCGAAAAGCUACGAGAGAAGAGGAUGCAUUUAUUUGAUUCACGUCGAGAUCUCGAAUGUGUUGUACGAGAAACGGUCAGUACGGAGAUGAAAUCCGAGUUUGAGGACUUUGACCAGGACGCUUUGUUAGAACUGUACGAGACGAUCACUAAAGCACUUAUGGAAGAACAAUAUGAGGACAUAAGAAAGAUUGAGGACGAGCGACUUGCCGCCGAUGUUGAAGAAUUCCUGAAUCCACAUGUCUAUUGUCCAUCUUGCUUGCGCUCACCUCUAACGGUUGAUGAGAAAUCGGCAAAGUGUCAAAACUGCCUUUUCCGACAUGAUUUUACCAACAACUCACCGCCACCAACCCAAUCCGAAUUGAGGAGGUUACUUUCGGAAGGUUUUCUGACCCAUGAAGCUACAGAAUGCGGUAUUCAACCGAGAGCUGUUCAACACAACGGCCGACUUUUAUUGCACUGUGAUGACUGUGGAUUUGAAACAGUGAUCAUCUAA